UGCCAAGGUCUCGAGAGUCGAGCUGCUUGGAUAGACAUCUUGCAUCUCGUACACCUUGCCCUACUCGGCUUGCUUCUAGGUCUUUUCGAUCUAUCUUGAUCAGCUCUUGCAGUGUCGAAUCGAGGGGAACGAUAUCGAUGCAUCUCAUAUAGACCACCAAUAGUAGCUCGUAUUUCAAGUUGUCCGAUCCGCCCAUGUCUCGACGUAGCACUGGGUCGUUUCCCCGCUACAACCCAGACUCUUCGGACGAGCUCAACGAUGGCAACAAUGCGUACCCCUUGAGAUCCCUGGCUCGCAACAGAUCGAUACAAUCGAGGAUCAAUACUGCUGGAAUAGUUCCAGAGGAUCAGUCGGACGAAAACGCCUUCGUUUCUAGCCCCAAGUCGAUGAAACGGGGUUCGGUGCUGGGGUACUGGGGAAGCUCUGGCAGAAAGAGCCGGGAUUCGGAUGGGCUGGAGGAAGAUGGCGGUAACAGCCCGGAACCAUCAAGAAGAAAGCUACUGGAGGAGGAGGAGUAUGAUGGCGGGUAUCUCAGUCGAGGAAGUGUGGAGCAGGAUCGCCUGCUCAGAUCCAGUGCUGGGGUGGAAGGAGCAUGGGCAGACGGUACAGACGCAGGCCAUGUCCGGAGACCGUCGCAGAGCCUGAUACGCUCGUUGACAGCGAGGAAAGAGGACAAGCCUUCCGACCGUUCCCGGACGAUACCCUUCGGUCGCGGCAUCUCGACUUCGACAAAGUAUCCUGCCAACAUCAUACGCAAUCAGAAGUAUUCGAUCGUCAGCUUCAUCCCGGUGGUGUUUUACGAACAAUUCAAGUUUUUCUUCAACCUCUAUUUUCUGCUCGUUGCGUUGAGCCAGUUUAUCCCGGCUCUCAAAAUCGGCUACAUCGCUACCUAUAUCGCUCCUCUGGCUUUCGUCCUGUUUGUGACCAUGGGCAAAGAAGCACUGGACGAUUACCAGCGGUACCUCCGUGAUAAGGAAUCCAAUUCCACGCGAUACCUCAUCCUCGAUCGUUCUGUCAGCGGGGAUGCGGAAGAUGGCUUAUUGACGCGGAGCGUGUCGUCCUCAAAGCUCAAAGUCGGGGAUAUGGUCGUCCUCGAAAAGAAUAAUCGGAUUCCCGCGGAUAUGGUCCUCCUUCGUACGUCGGAAGGACCUUCAGGGGCUGGUGAGACGGGGAAGGAUGCGCCGGACUUGCUUAGUCUCGAAAAUGGGGUGGAUGAUCUACAAGCGGAAUCAGCUCUCGAGCCGUCCAGCACAGAAGGAGACGACGGAGGGGCUUGUUUCGUCAGGACUGACCAGCUUGAUGGAGAGACGGAUUGGAAGUUGCGGAUCGCUGUUGGCAUAACGCAGAACAUGAGUGAUAGCCAGCUCGUAGGAAUGAAGGGGAGUCUGUAUGCGGAUCCGCCAAUCAAGGAUAUCCAUACGUUUAUCGGCAACUUUACGAUCGGGACAUCCGCCACUGAUCUGAGCCAAAAGACCGUCGUACCGCUCUCGGCGGAUAAUGUCCUCUGGGCCAAUACCGUCCUUGCUGCAGGGUCGGCUGUAGGGAUGGUGGUCUAUACAGGCAGGGAGACUCGAGCCAGUAUGAACACUAGCGAGCCGGAGAGUAAAGUGGGAUUGCUCGAUAUCGAGAUCAACAAGAUGGCCAAGAUCCUCUGUACUGUCACCUUCUUGCUGUCUUUGCUACUGGUAGCUUUGAACGGUUUCAGAAGUCAAUGGUAUAUCUACGUCUUCCGCUUCCUCAUUCUGUUCUCAACGAUCAUCCCGAUUAGUUUGCGAGUGAAUCUCGAUAUGGGCAAGACCGUCUAUGCCCAUCAGAUCCAGAACGACCCAGAGAUCCCGGGUGCGAUCGUGCGAACCAGCACUCUUCCCGAAGAGCUGGGACGGAUCGAGUACUUGCUCAGCGAUAAGACUGGAACGCUGACACAGAAUGAGAUGGAGAUGAAGAAACUGCAUAUGGGCACCAUGAGCUAUGGAUGGGAUUCGAUGGACGAAGUUGCACAUCAGCUAGUGACUGCUUUCGGAGGUGAACAAGCUCCUGAGCAUAUCAGACGGCAAAGUUCCGUAUCUGGCGUUGUCAUGGCAUCUAAAGGCAGAAGAGACAUUUCUUCGCGACUAAGAGACGCUGUAAUGGCGCUAGCAACGUGUCAUAACGUCACGCCGGUAACGAACGACGAUGGUUCGGUGACCUAUCAGGCAUCAUCACCAGACGAAGUUGCUAUCGUGCGCUUCACAGAAUCGGUCGGAGUCACUUUGGUCAAUCGAGAGCGGACUCGUAUGACCGUACGGGAUCCAGCAGGUAAACUCCAUACUUUUGGGAUUCUAAGUGUCUUCCCGUUCACCUCCGAAUCGAAGCGUAUGGGAAUCAUCGUCAAAGAUUUGAGCUCGGGAGAGAUCGUAUUCGUGCAAAAAGGGGCCGAUGUUGUGAUGGCCAAGAUCGUUCAGAAGAACGACUGGUUAGAGGAAGAAUGCGGCAACAUGGCUCGAGAGGGUUUACGAACUUUGGUCAUCGGCCGAAAGCGCCUUUCACAGGAAGCGUAUCGGAGCUUUGAUGCUCGCCAUAAGGAGGCGCAGCUGAAUCUUAGAGAUCGCAAUGCGGCUAUCGCAGAUGUCAUUUCGGAACACCUCGAGCGGGACCUCGAUCUCUUGGCUCUUACCGGUGUUGAGGACAAAUUGCAGGAGGAUGUCAAGCCGACCUUGGAGAUCUUGAGGAACGCCGGGCUCAAGAUUUGGAUGUUGACCGGCGACAAGAUCGAGACUGCUACUUGCAUCGCCAUGUCGAGCAAGCUCGUGUCCCGCGGGCAGUACAUACACCAGGUCGCUAAAUUACAAACCGCUCAGCAAGCUAGUGAUAUGCUAGACUUUGUGCGGACAAAGCUCGACUGCUGUCUCGUAAUAGAUGGAGAGUCCUUGCAGCUAUGUCUGGACAAGCACAAAACGACGUUCAUCAAUAUCGCAACUCAGCUCCCCAUCGUAGUGGCUUGUCGAUGUUCGCCUACUCAAAAAGCCGAUGUUGCCCGGCUCAUUCGGCAGUACACUAAGAAGCGGGUCUGUUGCAUCGGAGAUGGCGGGAACGACGUCAGCAUGAUCCAGGCAGCCGACGUCGGUGUGGGGAUCGUCGGAAAGGAAGGCAAACAGGCCUCUCUUGCGGCCGAUUUCUCCAUCAAUCAAUUCAGUCAUCUCACAAAACUCCUCUUGUGGCACGGUCGAAACUCCUACAAGCGCUCGGCCAAGCUCGCUCAAUUCGUCAUUCAUCGGGGAUUGAUCAUAUCAACUAUACAAGCCGUGUUCUCUUCCAUCUUCUUUUUCGCUCCGAUCGCAUUAUACCAAGGCUGGCUGCAAGUCGGCUACGCUACUCUUUAUACCAUGGCCCCGGUCUUUUCGCUCGUCCUCGACCGAGACGUCAACGAAGAUCUGGCUCUCUUAUACCCGGAACUGUACAAAGAGCUCACGAAGGGCCGCACUUUAUCAACCAAGACAUUCUUCAUCUGGCUCAUGAUCAGCAUUUAUCAAGGCAGCGUCAUCAUGCUCCUCUCCCUCUUCUUGUUCGAAUCCGAAUUCAUCAACAUUGUCGCCAUCUCGUUCACCUCGUUGAUCCUGAACGAGCUAAUCAUGGUCGCCCUCGAGAUCACUACCUGGCAUCCCUGGAUGAUCAUUUCCGAGAUUGUGACAUUCCUCAUUUACGCCAUCUCCAUGGUCGUCCUCCCGCAAUACUUCGACCUCUCGUUCGUCCUGAGCACCCGGUUCAUCUGGAAAGUCUCCGUGAUCGUGCUCUUCAGUGCAGGACCGCUCUACUUGAUCAAAGUCGUCAGGGAGAGAUUGGCACCGGCGAAUUAUGUCAAGGUUUCACAAUAUUAAUCGUGACCGGCUGCUCUGAGCACAAUGUCUAGCUGAGGAAGAGUCAUCACAACGAGGAGGAGGAUAGCUUUGCUUGUAUCUCGUAGAAUUCGGUCAUUUAGGCAUCGAAUCUUGCAUUGAUUUAUUGGUACACCGAUCACGUCUG